UGGUCGAGGAGCCAGUUCAAGGCAUCCCGGCUCCGCUUUUCACUCAGCAUUUCAGUCCAGCUUCGUUGUGAGAAACAAUCGGACGUUUUUUCGUUACUUUACAAGAGUUUCACUUGGGUACAACUUCAUCUACGAAAUGUUUUUUAAACCGUUAACGUCGGCGUUAGCAGCGGUGUUCUUGUUAAACACCGUCUCAGCACAAUGUCUCACCGGAAACGACAAUCCUCCGACCAUGAACGCAAAGUCGAGGGAGGGAGUGACCGAUUCUCGUUUCGGUUUCGCCCUCGACACCCUGAAGAAAACGGUGCAAAUCGAGCCGAGUGACAAUAUCUUCUACAGUCCUCACAGUCUUCAUCAGGCAUUGACCUUGGCGUACUUCGGUGCUCGAGGCACCACCGAGGAAUCCUUGAGGAAAGCUUUGCAUAUACCAAUCGAUCUCUCCAAGGUCGAUGUGCAGAGAUACUAUGCCUUCGAGAACUCCGUUAAACAAAGCUCAGAGAACAAUGGAUCGGCUGAUUAUGAAUAUAGAUCAGCAAAUAGAUUAUGGAUAUCAAACGCGAGAAAAGUACGAGAAUGUAUGCUGGAUCUGUUCGGCGAUCAAUUGGAGAAAACCGAUUUCCGUACAAACCCUGGCGCUGUACGCGAUCAUAUCAAUGAAUGGGUCAGUAACAUGACGAAAGGACAUAUUCGUGAUCUUCUCUCUUCCGAUAGUGUCACCGAAGACACUGACUUAGUAUUAGCCAACGCAGUUUACUUCAAAGGACCCUGGUUGAGUCGUUUCGAUGUGGCUAAUUCUAAGAAGGACCUCUUUUAUACUUCCGGUUCGCAGCAUUCCAUGGCUACGUUCAUGCGACAAGAAGGAAACUUCAACCAUGUGAUUUCCGAAGUGCUCGGCGCCCACGUGUUAGAGUUGCCUUACAAAGGCGAGCAAGUAUCGAUGUUCGUCCUGCUUCCUCCGUUCGCUACCGCAAGAUCCAUGGACGAUAAACAGAAAUCGAACGAGCGAGAUGGAGUACGUCAGCUGAUCGAACGCAUUUCAACCGAGGCAGGAUCCGCGGAACUUCGCGACCUUUUGGAUUCCGGUAUCCCUCCUCAACAAGUCGAAGUCAUUCUACCACGAUUCGAAGUAGAAAAGGAACUUCCGUUGGGAACGUUGUUGCACGCAAUCGGCGCAGGCGAAUUAUUGAUGCCCAACAUGGCAAAUCUUCGUGGUUUUGUCGAAGACGGUGAAACGCCCUUGUCUCUUGGUGAUGCUGUGCAUCGGGCACGCAUCGAAGUCACCGAGGAGGGUACCACAGCAGCAGCCGCUACUGCUCUCUACACCUUCCGUUCUGGUCGGCCAUUGCAACCGGCCGUUUUCGAUGCCAAUCAUCCGUUCGUUUACCUAAUUUAUGAUAAACCAAUGCGUACCAUUCUUUUCAGCGGAGUUUUCCGCACUCCCAAUGCCCCACAGAAUACGGCUGAGAAUUCCGCCUAAACUCGUUCUUUUUUUUUUAUUUGUUUUGAGCGGGUUUCGUUUUAGUAAUUUGGGCUGCAUUGGUAGAGUGCGUCUAGUAAUUCUAAUAGUAAUAUUCUUCUAUUACUUCACUAUACUAGUGCUACUCUACAACUUUACCAAUGUUUCCUAAAUUUCACCCUCGAACGGCGGAGUCUGGGUCAAUCGAGACACAAACUUAUAAAAUUUGUACAAGGAUAUUAAAUUGAAAUUAAAAGUACAAUUUGUUAAUGAAAGGAUUUAAUAUAUUGGAAGAAUUAAUUUUAAGGGAACAGUGUAACAUUUAGACAAUGAUAAUAAUAUGUAGUGCAAAAUUGAAUUAGAAUUAGGUGUCUCUCUAUGGUCCGCCAUUCAAGGGUUAAUGAACGAGUGAGAUUUGAAUGUAUGCGAGAGUUGUUCGUUGUGUUUUUUAUCUUAUAGAAAGAGAAUAAUUAGAUACUUUUCGCAGAGUAUUAAUUUUAAGUGUAAAAUUAAAAUUCUGUUGUCACACGUAACGACUAAUUCAGAAGUUUUUCAGAUAAUUAUGAGAACAUUCAUUAGUGCUAUGCGAGAAACUAAAUGUGUGUGAGUUUCGUGAUAUUUCUGGCCGUGUGUAAACAUUUGAGUGCCGAUAAGGAUCAUCCAAUGAUCGUAUUUAAUUUUCAUCGAGUGAGAAGAAAAAUUCUAAUUUGUAUCGCUUACUAUAAUUUAUUCUUGUUAUAUACGUCAAAACAAAAAACACGAAGAAAAGGAUGAGUAUUAUGUCAAGUUUUUCUAUACUCAAACAGUCUAAUCAAAAUUUUUCAAUUUCAAAA